CCGCGCCUCACAUUUGGAUUGAACGGUGCAACCGCUACCGCGCAUCUACUGCGCCCCGACCGCAUUUACUCGCUUCGGUCUACCAGUCUGCACGUGUUCGUCAUUCGUUGUGGACAUGGCAGCGAACCGGGUCGGGAGGAGAUGUAACAACAAAGUCCACUCACCGAGCAGGGGCUCCGGUAGGGAACCGGGUCUAAGCGUGCAGAAGCGGCAAGCGCGUGUGACUGUGAAGUACAACAGAAAGGAACUUCAGCGGCGCCUGGAUGUGGAGAAGUGGAUAGACUGUGGUCUGGACGAGCUCUAUCUGGGAAAGGAGGAAGACAUGCCUGAGGAGGUGAACAUCGACGAGCUGCUCGAUCUGAAAAGUGACGAGGAGAGAACACACAGACUGCAGGAAAUCCUUCAAACCUGCAACACCAACACAGAGGUGUUCGUCCAGGACCUGGUCCUGAAGCUUCACGGCCUGCAGAAACAGGAAGAGCUCCACAACGACGGCAUCGAGCACCCCCAGCUGCACAUCUUCCCCAACCGCCCGGGCUCUGUGGACAGGGAGGUGCUGCACUGAAGGCCCUGGUCAUCCUGGUACCCAUGGUAACCCUGGUCCCCAUGGUAACCCCAGAGCCCCCACCUCCUCAGUCUUUUACCCCAGCAGCCUAUUUACCAGGUCGACGCCCCUGGACCUCUUCUGAGAAGCAGACCACACCCUGCUUACGGACCUGCAGUGCUCCGUACACACAGAUACACAUGUAUGUGUGAGCACACACGCACACACACACACACACAAUCACACACACACAAAGAAAUACACACAUUUCAGACCAGUGCUCGAUUUGAUGAGAGUUCUGCAGACAGCUUACCUUCGGUACACACACACACACACACACACACAGGUGUAAAGGGGUGCACACAACUCACAGGCAGUCACCAGUCUCUCCAAGCUCUAAUUGUCAAAUACAUUCUUUUAAUUCCAAGAUUAUUUAACAAUGAGAGGAUUCAUGUGUGUAAAAGAGGCUUGUCUCUGGUCAGCCUGCGAUUUCUCUCUGUAUCUCCUCCCCCUGCUGUCGUCCACACUGGUACAUUCCAUCACCUCCCUGGCCACGUUUUGUGAAUGUUACCAAGCAGUAUUACAGUACCUGAUGUUCACCCGUCACUCUUAAACACGACUGUUAUUCCACGGAUAUCGACGUGAGGGCUGUUUCCCUAGUAACGCCGCCGUGAUAUCAGAUGACCUACAUGGAAGAACUGACCACGCCAAAGUGUAUUUGUUUAAAAUUCCCAGUGACUGAAAUAGGCUGCUGUCACUGAUACGGAUGAUUAAAGGGCGACUAAGCCGGGCUGGUUAACCAUGGAGGGGACGUCAUGCUUUGCGCUUAGUCCACCUUUAAGGUCUGCCUGUCUCUCCUGCUCCACUCUAGUUUCUCUUUUCGCCACCUCAGGUAGCUGCUGUUCCCAGCCUUUGAUGUCUGUGUUUUAUAUGACAGGAUUUGUAACAUGGUUUGUACAUUUGUAGUGGUGCGUUGGCGGAUCGUGUUGUUUGUAUAUGAUUUUAAAUAAAGUUUUGGGAUUUGAA